UGGGAGACGACGCACUCUACUGAACCUAAUAAGAGUGAGUGGCGAAGAAGAAGGAGAAUGAGCAUGGCAAUGAAGACUGUGUGCGUGACCGGAGCUUCAGGAUACAUAGCCUCCUGGAUAGUCAAGUUCUUGCUUCAACGUGGCUACAUCGUCAAGGCCACUGUUCGCUAUCCCGAUGACCCAAAGAAGACGGAACACUUACUUUCCCUUGAGGGAGCUAAGGAGAGACUUCACUUAUUCAAGGCAGAUUUAUUGGAAGAAGGCUCAUUUGAUUCUGUGGUUGAAGGGUGUGAAGGUGUAUUUCAUACAGCCUCGCCUUUUUAUCACGCCGUCACUGACCCACAGGCCGAAUUAAUUGAUCCAGCAGUAAAGGGAACACUCAAUGUUCUUGGUUCAUGUGCAAAAACACCAUCUGUCCAGAAAGUGGUUGUGACGUCUUCUAUUGCUGCAGUUGCCUAUAAUGGUAAACCUCGGACCCCUGAGGUGGUAGUUGAUGAGACUUGGUGGUCAGGUGCUGACUUUUGCAGAGAAAUGAAGAUGUGGUAUGUUCUUUCAAAGACAUUGGCUGAGGAUGCUGCUUGGAAAUUUGUGAAGGAGAAAGGUAUUAAUAUGGUUACAAUAAACCCAGCAAUGGUUAUUGGUCCUCUUUUGCAGCCAACAUUGAAUACAAGCUCUGGUGCAAUCUUGAACCUGAUAAAUGGUGCAGAAACAUAUUCCAAUGCUUCCUUUGGCUGGAUCAAUGUCAAAGAUGUUGCCAAUGCACAUAUUCUAGCACUAGAGAAUCCUUCAGCUAAUGGAAGAUAUUGUAUGGUUGAGAGAGUUGCACACAACUCUGAGGUAGUCAAGAAAUUACAUGAACUUUAUCCCACUCUGAGACUUCCGGAAAAAUGUGCCGACGACAAGCCAUUUGUGCCUACUUACCAAGUGUCGAAAGAAAAAGCAAAAAGUCUGGGAGUUGUUUUCACUCCCCUCGAAGAAAGCCUCAAGGAAACAGUUGAAAGCUUGAAGGAGAAGGGAUUUUUUGUGCCCUCUGCAGCUCUGUGAUGAUAAAUGUAAUCGAUUGUGCUUAGUGUAAUGGCAUUAUCAAUUCCUUUUUGUGACCUUCGUUAAAACCUCCAUCAAAAGCUUGCUAGUUUUCAACUUUGAGAAUAAAGAUGUUUAAGCCUGGGAUUUGUAUUGCCUCCCAAGAAUAAACUUGUUUAAAGAUAGGAGAUUGUUGUUUCUCUGUCAUUAAAUGUGGUUCAAAUCGUGUUUAUUUUAGUGCUUUUA